AUAUGUAUAUAGAGUGAGCGGGCUAACAGGUAGUUUAAAAAUGGCAGCAGCGGCGGGCCCGUAGCUGCCACUGCACACAGGUAGCCGUCGCGUCUCUGGUCCUGCCGCGACGCUCUAUUACACCUUCCAGGUAGAAUAACGGAAAAAGUGCGAUAUCUCUCUUUCGUGGAUCCUCGUGACGUCGUUUCAGUUUUCCGGAGAGAUAUCGACGCUGUGUCCGGUACGCGUUCACGAGUCGUGCUAUACACGAGUGCAUAACGAGUGUACAUACCUGCCUGCAACGUACAGUGCGUGUGGGGGAGAGAGAGCGAGCCGUUGACCCGGAAAAGCCUAACCUCAAACGAACGGCCGCCAGGACACCUGUCCAGCUCUCGGGAGAAAUGCCGUCCAGGAGACGGCCACCGCUUGCCGGGCACCAGGAGCUCGCGCCCAGGUGACUCGAUACCGCUCGCUGAGGAUCGACCUGGUGUAAAUAUAGCUGCAAAAACCACAAGUACUUAACCAUGGAGCAUGCUGAUCUGGUGUCAGAGAUGGUGCACGUCGAGAGGCUCACCACACAAGAGCGACUGCAUCUGGCCAGGCACAGGCGACUGCAGCAGCUCAAGGUCUGGAGACAGCGAGAGAAGGAAUGGCUGCGUCACCAAACCAGACACACCAGCAGCAAGAGGCACAUCUUCUUCAGUGACAGCGUCAUGUUGCUGGAGGCCGCCGCGAGAAACGACAUCGAUGAAGUCCGAAGGUUAUUGAAAAAAGGUGUAAAUCCGGACUCGACGAACGAGGAUGGUCUGACAGCGUUGCACCAGUGUUGCAUCGACGACAACGAGGAGAUGAUGAAGCUGCUUGUCGAGUUCGGUGCAAAUGUCAACGCCGAGGAUAGCGAGAAAUGGACGCCACUUCACGCGGCCGCUACCUGCGGACACUUGCAUCUCGUGAGGUAUCUCAUCGCUAAGGGCGCCAACCUCCUGGCCGUUAACGCUGACGGCAAUAUGCCUUACGACAUUUGCGAAGAUGAGAAAACCUUAGACUGUAUUGAGGGCGAAAUGGCUCGUCGUGGAGUGACGCAGGAGCUGAUCGACGAGACCCGCGCCUCCACAGAAGUGCGAAUGCUACGAGAGCUGCAAAAGCUCGCAUCAGUUGGCGGUGAUCUCGAGUACAAGGACCACCAAGGUGCUACACCCCUACAUAUAGCAUCGGCAAAUGGUUAUCUGAGGGUCGUCGAAUUUCUCUUGGACCAGCACGUCUCGACAGACGUCGAGGACAACGACAGGUGGCAACCGGUUCAUGCUGCUGCCUGCUGGGGACACCUGGAAGUACUAGAACUGCUAGUCCAAAAUGGAGCUGACUUGAACGCGAAGAACAAGCACGAUGAAACGCCAGCAGACAUCUGCGAGGAUCCGGAGAUCCGUGAGCGCAUAAUGGAAUUGAAAACCGAACAAGAGAGCAAGCGGCUGCGCGAGGCACAGAACAGGCGAGUCAGGCGGUCACAGAGCAUCAACACGAGGACGCAGAGCGUACGAAGAACCUCGAUCAGAGACAAGGUUCUCACUACUAAGAAGGACGCGCAAGAGGAAACAAGACUAAGAAUGCAGGCUCAGCAGCACACGUAUGGAAAUCCGUCAUCUAACAUACCACCGUCAGAAAAUAGCUCGGGCGGUGCCGAUAACGUGCACGACGACACAGAUUCUACGGCCUUGACGCCGGCAGUCCGAAGGGCUCCGGAAGGCAAAGACAACGACUCGUUUCUACACGAGGAUGUCGAUAAAGACUCAGACGCAGGUCCCGUGGGUAGCAGCAGCGGCAGCGGCAGCAGCCAACAGCAGUCGCCGCAUCAGCCGCAGUCGAUCUACGCGCCGGACGAGACUGCGCCGACAUCGCCCGGGGCCAACGGCAAAAUCAACAUCCACGUGUCGGUGGUCUUCGUCAAGUCGCUCUCGGAUUUGAAGAAGCAGCGAGCUCAGAGUCGUCUGGGACCGCUAGCCCAGGACGGAGGUUCUCUCGUGGAUCAGCAGUCCCAACAGACGACGGGAGGACAGACGCAGCAUCAGCAGGCGGACACUUUGGCUGAGAUGAGCAGCGACGACUUCAGGAGGUUCACCGGAAACACGAGCGAUGCACUCGCCGAUAGCGGCAACGAUAAGAGCUGCUGUCGUCUCAUGUGAAUCGAGGCUGGGAGACUGGGCAAUUUGGGACGUGUGAUUAUUCGUAUUGCCACGUAGAUGCGCGAAGCGUAGGGCACAAUCGAAAGAGGACAAUAACGACGUUUUUCCUUUUUCUUGUACGGGUCUUGAUUGUGCUGCGGGAAAGCUCGACAUGACUUUCCUUCGAAUCGAUUUUUUAUUUACUGCAAAAAAAGGAAAUAUGAUAUAUCUUUCGGAAGCUAUUUUUAGAUGUAAUAUUUUCUCGGACAGAAGAAUAGCGAAUACGAAAAUCAGCACAGCCCAAAAGACCCAGACAGCUCUCUGAACCUCUUGGCGCAAUGAAGCAGAAGCGCACAUACGUUUAAAAAGCUCGAAAGCAAAAUUCCACUACGUAUUUACUUGCUAUUCAAUCGCAAUCUAAUAUCCGCACACAUGUACGUACGUAUUCGACAUUCGAAUAAGUGAUCCGCAUACGUUCGUGUAUGAAAUCCUAUCCGUUUUUUCUCAUACUUGUAUUAUCUCUCGUCUAUAUGCGUAUAGGCUCGUAUCGAGCACCUCGUAGAGAACUUCGUCCAUUUGUAAAUCGCGUAAUCGCAAGAAUAGAGAGGCGAAAGGAAGGAUUUUUUCGGCCGUGAUUACCAGUAUAAAGGAAUUUCGUCCGUCUUUACAUUAUCAUGCAUAUAUUAACGUAUAGUUACGAUAAUUUAUCUAGCUGUAGGAAGAUGAGCAACAGAGUGAGACUGCAAAUAUAAUAGAGAUACAAUUGGGCGCCUGGAGAAUUUGAAAGACUGCCGAGUCCUGCGAUGGAGGUAUCGGACGAUUUUUGCUCUUUUCAUUGUAAAUAGAAAAACAAAGACUUGAUUUAACGCGCAACGCGAUUCGUUUAUUCGUGUGUUCAAGCAAAGCGGUCCCGUCUAACCGUCUCUGAUUAGGAGGUACUUUUGCGAGUCGUACCUGCUGCAGUAAUCUUAUUUCAAUUUUUUUGUCAAAUUAGCGGGACUUUGACAUGCGAAUGCGCUGGUAAAAAAUACUUACCAACGAGACCAGUAGGUUUUUCAAAUUCCCCGACGCCGAAGCGAAGUACUUAAUAAAAAAAAAAACGCGAGAGAGGAAGUAAAACUGUACUUAACGAUUCUCUAUGCGACGAUGCGCGUGGGUAAGCUUUAACAGAUGUAUAUGUAUAUCACUGACCGUAUGUGAAGCGCGAAUCAGAGCAAUAUUUUACGGGAGAAACGAGCCGUUGGCGAGUCUGCAUCGUCCGAACGCAAGGCGUUUCUAUCCUAAUAUUCGAUUCCUCUUCGAUGUUACAUUGUAGAUUUACGAUACUCCGAGUGGAGCGCUGAAAGCGCAAUGUUACGCGGUUGCAUAUGUAUACUUUGUCAUUGAUAUCAAAGUUUAUUGCAUAAAUUUUAUUAUUACAAUUCUCUAUGCGCACACGUAUGCGUGUAACUCGUGAGGACCAGGCGCGUCGCCUUAUAUAGAUUAUGCUGUACGAUUUCCACUGGAUUACGUGUGUUCCGUAGAGUUAUUUACAAUAUAUCGCGGAAAUAUUUUGCAUCAACCGGAUCAAUCGACUUUACUUUUUCUACGUUAGUUAAGUUUAAUUUUGCGACUUUUACUUCUACUUAUACAUACGUAUUUAUUGAACAGACUCUUUUCACUGUGAUCGCGUCACCAAGAUUCACGAGAUUUCGUUUAAAUGAACUUUU